GUAACGUCUGCCCUGGCCUACAUGCACUCGUUGAACAUCAUCCACCGGGACCUGAAGCCCGAGAACUUGCUCCUGACCUCCAAAGGCGCCGCCCCGGAGGUUAAAAUCAUCGACUUCGGGCUGGCGAAGGUGCUGGGCGCGGGGGACGACAGAGCGCAGUCCUUCCUGGGGACAAGGUCCGGGUCCGAUCCCUCUUAA